CGAUUUUAGAUUUGUUAAUCUGGCAACACUGUCUUUGUAUUUAUGUUUUUUGAGUUCUAAUUGGCUUUUAUUUUUUAAAACUAUGUCGAUUUAUAUACUUUGUUUAACAACAAAUGGGGGUCUACCGGUCUUUACCCGUAAAAAAGGAGAUUGUGACAAUCUACCUUUUUCUACUGUGGCUUCAUUAAAUGGUUUUCAUAUGUUUUUUAAAUCGUUGGGCAUAACGUUAGAGGUAACACAUUCCGAAGAUUGGACAUAUGUUUGGAGAGAUUUUCACAAUGCCGUAACUUUAAUUGUUUGUGCACGGUCUAUGACAGAAGGAGUAUUGCAGACAUUAGCAGAAAUUGUUUUUGGAUCAAUAUCACUUUUUGUUAAUAUUGAUGAGCUUGUGGAUUUAACUUUAUUAGAGAGAAUGAAAAAAGAAGCAAGAAAUUAUAUGCCCGUUGUAGAUGCUGCACUUGAAGCUUGCACAACACGCAUAUUGGGAUUUACGAAUUGUGUACUAUCAACUGAAAACCAACAAUUGGGCCAGCGAUUAAACGACUUUAGUGGUCUUUGCGGUUCACUCUUUUGUUGCCUUGUAGUGGGGAAUAAUGUUACGGUCGGUACAGAAGGUUGGUGGGAUUUGGAUGUUAUAGAUCGUGAAUUACUUCUGCUUUUAUUGAAUUCUUCAAGUACUUUACAAAAUGAUAUUCCUGUUUAUUUGCCGAAAAAGGACGCAACGUUAGCAUAUAGAUUCGUAACAAUUCCAUUGGCUCCAAGUAGUGUUAUUUGUGUUAUAUGCGGAGCUGCCCCUAGUUUUCGUGAAUUGCGGUCUAUGGCCCAAGACGCAUUUUGCUCAGAAAGCUUAUUGCAGAACAUGGAACGAAGCCUAACGCGCAGCUUACCGGAACAAUUGGAGAUCGAUCAGUGUGUUCUGGCAAUAAUUGUAGCUAAUCUGAGCAUUAAAAAAUGUAUACUUGCACCUAAUUCCAUCCAAGCUACAGGUGGAAAAAGGACCAUAGGAGGAGGCAUUCUACGUUUAGAUUUAUUAAAAAAAAUUUUCGAUCAAACCGUUCAAUACAAUAAAAAUAUUAGUGGUGUGCAUACAGAAGAUCAAAUACGUUCGCGUUGUAUUGAACCAGUGGACCAAUAUUGGUGCUUGGAUUACCACAAGUGUUAUGCUCAUUACGAUACCAUUGGAAACACUAUUUUUAUCUUAUUUAUGUCAUCAGUUCCAACACCAGCAAUGAGAUUCAUAGCCCAAAAACUUCUAUACUCAAUUCUACAAGACAAGACAAUUAGCUGAGAUUAAAUCCACUAAAUUAUGCAUCUGGACAACAAUAUAAUAAUUUAUUUUAAUAAAAAUAGCACUUCACAGCUCAAAAUUAAGAUAAUUCAUAGCAUAUAUGUUUGUUAUAAUUUUGUUUACACUACUUAUUUUUGUAAAGAGUUACUUUUUACUUACAAUUCUCGGUAGGUUAUACUUUAUCGGCUUUCGAUAAGAUACAUUUAAAUUUAUACAUGUUUCGUCUUUUAAAUAAGUAACUAAUUUAUACCAGGGUUGAGAAUUUGAUCUAAGCUUGCAUAAGUGCCAAAGAAAAAGCCGCAUAAGCCAAAGAGCAGAAUUGCAAUAUCUUUCCAUAAUAUCCAAUUAUACUUGCCCAAACCCACAGGAUAAAAUGUGAUUAUGUCAAUUAUUGGUGGAGCAAUUAGCGCCAACGCCGAACUGCUGACAGCUCCCACUAAAGAAAUUAUUGGCCCCAAAUUUGGUAUGCAAACAGCCAGGAGAACUAAAAAUAAACAAUAAAUUUUAAUAAAAUUCAGCUUUGCCCUUACCAAAUAAUUCUAUUUAUUCCUAUUGAUCAACAAUAUAUUGAUAUAAAUUACUUUGUUAGAUGUUCAUGUAACUUUACGAGAUUAUAUAUACAUACAAAU